CGACCCUACCACCACCACAUCCUCAACAAGGCGCGCGCGCAUCGGCUACCUCCGGCUCCGAUCCCACGCCCUGCUGCUCCUGCUCGUACAUCCUCCUGUCCGACCACUCCUCCUCUCCUGUUAUUCCUACAGCUGCCAUAGAAUGGAGGUGCACGCGGCGCCGGCGGUGGGGAAGCGGAUGUGGAGCUACCUGCGCGCGGUCUUCUUCAUGGCGCGCAAGGGCCUGCUCUCCAACAAGCGCAAGCUCCUCCUCGGCAUGCACCUCCUCAUGAAGCGCCGCAAUAAGGCCGUGUCGCGCACCGUCGCCGCCCUUCUCUCCCACCACGGCGGGCACGGCCACCACGGCAUCAGUAACCCGCUGCGCCGCCGCCACUACGAGUUCUCCUGCAGCAACAGCCCGGACCCCGCCGCCGCCGGGUUCUCGGCAUCCAGGCGCCACCUCGCCUACUUCCCCUGCCUCGGCGCGGUGGCCGAGGAGGAGGACGGCCGGUACGGCUCCUCCUCGCCCGCGCCCGUCGGCAGGAUCGAGUACUACGCCGCCGCGGCCGCAUCCCCCGCGCCGUCGUCGCCGGGGCUCCUGCUGCGGGAGCUCGCGCCGGGGGAGCCAGCCGAGGAGUCCUACUGCUGCGCGUCGCCCGCGCUGCUGGGCGGCGGCGACGGCGCAUUCUCGGUGCGGGUGUCCAACUACUCGUCGGAGGACGAAGGGAGCGCGGGCGGGCAGGCCGUGGACGACGAGGCGGAGGAGUUCAUCCGCCGCUUCUACGAGCAGCUCCGCCGACAGAACACCGUCGCGCUGCUCCCCUACAUGCAGGAGUCCGCCGCGUGAUCGCGCGCGUGCAAGUAGAUGGGCAUGUCAUCGAUCGGUCGGGUUGAUCUUGAUUAGUUUUUGGUGAUCAUCUCGCGCGGGGCAUGAACAAGUUUGGAUGGAUUGCUUGGCGUGCAUGCAAGGAAUCAAUGUACAGCUAGUGCAAUAAUGCAUGCAUGUGUAUACAUAUACUAUACCAAACUGUUCGUCGUUUUGGCAGAUCUAAAUACAUAGAUUUUACCAUGCAUCUAGAUAAACCCUGUAUCUAUAUACAUAGCAAAAGCUACAUAUCUAGAUUUGCAAAAACGACCUGCAAUUUGGAA